AUGGCCGCACGCAAAGCUUACGUCGUCGGUGUCGGCAUGACUGCCUUCACAAAGCCCGCCGACCGCGACUACCCCAUCCUCGGCCUCGAAGGUGCUGUCAAGGCUCUCAUCGAUGCUGGCCUCACCUACGACGACGUCGACUACGCCGCCGCAGGUUACGUCUACGGUGACUCCACUUGCGGUCAACGUGUUCUCUACCAGCUCGGUAUGACCGGUAUCCCCAUCGUCAACGUCAACAACAACUGCUCCACCGGUUCCAGCGCCUUCAACCUCGCUGCCAACGCCGUCCUCGCAGGUCAGGCCGAAUGCGCCCUCGCCGUCGGUUUCGAAAAGAUGGCUCCCGGUUCGCUCAGCUCCGCUUUCACCGACCGCGCUGCUCCCAUGGAGGGCACCAUGUCGCAGCUCUUCGAGAUCGAAGGUGACAAGGAGUACGAGGUCGAGGACUUCGGUCCCUUUGCCGCCCGUAUCUUUGGUGCUGCCGGUCUCGAGUACUGUGAAAAGUACGGCGCCACCUGGGACCACAUCGCCGAGAUUGCUGCCAAGAACCACCGUCACUCGGCCAAGAACCCUUACGCACAAUUCCGCGCCACACCCACUGCGGACCAGGUCAAGAAUGCACGAAAGAUCACCCGUGAGGUCACACUGCCCAUGUGCUCGCCAACGUCAGACGGCGGUGCAGCUGCGCUCGUUGCUUCCGAGGAGUUCGUCAAGAAGCACGGUCUCGAGGACCGAGCCAUCGAGCUCGCCGGUAUGGGUGUUGCCACCGACUCGAUCCGCCUCUACGAAGACCGCUCGCGCAUCGAGCUCGCUGGUGCCGACAUGUCGCGCCGUGCCGCUGCUAUCGCUUACAAGCAGGCCGGCAUCGGUCCCAAGGAUGUCCAGGUCCUCGAAUUGCACGACUGCUUUGCUCCCAACGAACUCGUCACCUACCCCGCUCUCGGCCUCUGUGCCGAGGGCGAGGCACACAAGCUGGUCGAGCAGAAGCUCAACACCUACAACGAUUCCGGAAAGGGUUGGGUCGUCAACCCUUCGGGAGGUCUCGAGUCCAAGGGUCACCCUCUCGGCGCUACCGGUCUCGGCAUGAUCAAGUACAUGGUCGACCAGCUCCGUGGCGACGCAGGCGCGCUCCAGGUCAAGAACGUCCAGCACGCCUUGACGCACAACAUCGGUCUCGGUGGAAGCUGCGUCGUCACCAUCCUUCGUCGUCCUUCGUUCUAUAAGGCAGGCGCCACCAACUCGUCCAAGCGCUUCGGAUACAACGCCGGUGACCAUGUGCAGAGCAUCACCGAAGACGACUUGAACAAGGUCAAGAGCAAGCAGUUCUCCGAAUACCUCCCCGCUGACCUCUAA